AUGCCUAAGCAUAUCCUCAUGGAGUGCCCGCUGCACACCACUAGUCGCAGGAAGCUGAUAAAGCACCUCGGGAAAAUUAAGGGACUGCGUGGGCGGGUGCAGGACUAUAACGCAGUCCUAGGGAAUCCGCAGACGCUAGAAGACGAGGAGAAGGAGGAGAACCUGGAGCAUAAUACCCUACUUGCAGGUCUCGAACUAGACGACAAAGAUAAUGGUUACACGGAAUCGUGA